AAAGAACUUGAAGGAGAUAGUAGCAACAAUUGAAGUUAAUUACGACACGUGACCAUAUGACCAUCAACUUGUUCUGACUCCCGUCGCCACAAGCCUUUAUCUUGUACCUACCUAACAUCUCGCCAACUCCCAGGAUUUUGUUCUAAUCAGCCUCGACCACGCACGCCGUCUGUCCCCGGAGGAUACUUUAAUUUUUGGUCAGCGUUAAUUAUGCCAAAGGUCGUUUCUCGUUCAGCAGUCUCCUCAUCUACGGAUGCACGGCCAACGGCAUCAGCCGCGGCUGCUCUCAGGGUGUACUACUGCAUCUGCGGCGAAUUUAUCCUCGUGAUCGAAAAAAGCCUUUCAGCCCUCCCUAAGCGCCAGACAGAUGGUGCUACCAUCAUUCGCUGUCAGGAUAGCGGUGCGGAGAAUGCAAUCGUCCUCAAAUUAAAUGCUAUCUCGACCGAUCCCGUUCUCGUCGAAAGGCCAGGGGGACACGAGCGCCAGUACAGAUUCUCAUGUCCGCGGUGCAAUUUAUUAGUCGGAUAUCAAUCUACCCCACCCCCGGUCAAAUCUGGUCCAUAUCUGUAUAUUCUCAGUGGAGCCCUUACGCAGAUGCAAGGCCAAGUUCCCAAGGACGCUUUUGACGGCGAAGCUGCCCUGGAGCUUUCAGAAGUUGCAACCCAAUAGUAUGGUCCGUACGAGAGGGGACGCUACCAAAUUGGAUUUUAACCUCAAUUCGCGCAUGAAUGUCAACAA